AUGAAACAGCCCAACAGGAAAAGGAAGCUUAAUAUGGAUUCCAAAGAGCAUCUGAAUCAGGAUGGAUGCUUGGAGCAAGCUGAAGAAGAAGAGCCCAGGGAUGGGGCAGCUCCUUUGAGUCACGUCCCUUCAGCAACUCCACAGGACACGUGGUCUUGGGACCAGUACUUGAAAGAACAGAAUGCUCUAGCAGCACCCAUUGAAUUGUUUUCUCAGGACCAAUCCUUUCCAGAGUAUGAAAAUGGUUUUCAGGUUGGAAUGAGAUUAGAAGGCAUUGACCCCCGACAUCCAGCUGUAUUUUGUGUGCUUUCUGUAGCUGAGGUGUGUGGUUACCGUCUAAGGCUUCAUUUUGAUGGUUAUUUAAGCUGCUAUGAUUUUUGGACCAACGCUGGUUCCCCUGACAUUCAUCCAAUAGGGUGGUGUGAAAAGACCAAACAUGAACUACACAUCCCUAAGGGUUAUAGAAAAGAUAAAUUUGUUUGGAUGAAUUAUUUGAAGGCCUACAAAUUGCAAAAUGCUCCCAAGAAAUUAUUCAGGAACAGAAAUUCUAAUGAGCCAGUGCCUAAAGAAUUUCAGGUUGGAAUGAAGCUGGAGGCCGUCGACAGGAAGAACCCUUCAUUGGUGUGUGUGGCAACCAUAGCAGAUAUUGUUGAAGAUCGCUUACUAGUGCACUUUGACAAUUGGGAUGAUAGUUACGAUUACUGGUGUGAUGUAAAUAGUCCUUAUAUCCAGCCAGUUGGAUGGUGUCAGGAGAAUGGAAAAACUCUGAUAACUCCCCAAGGUUAUCCUGAUCCAGAAAAUUUUUCCUGGACAGAGUAUCUGGAUGCUACUCAAACUAGUGCAGUUCCUGCCAAAGUAUUUAAAAUGCGGUUGCCUCAUGGUUUUCUGCCGAAUAUGAAACUUGAAGUUGUGGAUAAACGAAACCCCAGGUUAAUUCGUGUUGCUACGAUUAUAGAAGUGGAUGACCAAAGAAUAAAGGUUCAUUUUGAUGGCUGGGACCACAAAUAUGACUAUUGGAUGGACGCAGACAGCCCUGACAUUCACCCAAUUGGAUGGUGUGAUGUAACAGGGCAUCCUCUGGAAGUGCCAUAUCGAGCAAAUGAAGUGAAAACCAUUCCAGGUCAAGCUGUUUGUCCUACUCCAGGGUGCCGAGGAAUAGGCCAUAUCCGUGGUCCAAGGUAUUCAGGACAUCACAGUGCUUUUGGCUGCCCGUAUUCUGACAUGAACUUGAAAAAGGAGGCAAUGCUCCAUGAUCGUUUGAGAGAACAAACACAGGAAAAUUUGGAAUCAGACUCUUCACAUUUAAAAUUGAAAAAUCUCUGUACUUUGAACUUCAGUGGAAAACAUGACCAGGCAAACAGUCAGCCCAGACUUGUACAGCAGGCAAAGUGUUUGAAAAUCAAAGAAAAAGAAGAUUUUGACUGGGAUAAACUCUUCAGAGCUGUCAUCGUGCACCCCCUUGGGUUAGAAUGCGCAGCCGAGCAGACACAACAGGCGCUACAAGAGUCGAUCUUUAUGGCAUCCAUGGCUACCCAUCCUCCCCGGGACCUCCCGCUCAGCAGGGAGCAGCACCGCAAGCUGCUGCCAGGAGUGGCUGACAUCCAGGCAGACGAGGUGACCCGAUGGACAGUGGAUGAGGUGGCUGAGUUUGUACAGUCUCUGUUGGGCUGUGACGAGCAGGCCAAGAGCUUCAAGAAAGAGCAGAUUGAUGGCAAAGCCUUCCUGCUUCUGACACAGGCGGACAUCGUCAAGGUGAUGAAGAUCAAACUGGGCCCAGCACUGAAGAUUUAUAAUUCUAUCCUCAUGUUCAGGAAUUCUCAGGACUUCACUGAAGAAGAUACUUUCUCAGGCUAA